ACCGUUCACAUGUAGUGCGCCUACUUGAAGUAGCUGAUAAAAUUAAAAAGCUCUGAUUGCUUUUUAUCUCUCAUUUUCAUAUUGCAUUGGCAAACUAAGAGUGCAAUGUAAGAGUAAAGAGUGAAAUUAGUGGAAUGACACUCAUUGUCUGGAUAGUUGAAACCCUGCAGUCGAGAGAAGCAGUUUCUUGAGUUCCAGUGAGAAUUAUCAAUGGCGUACAGGAGAAACUUUCUGUGGAGGUUCACGCUUUUGAGCAUUUCUUUUCUUGUGUCCGUCAUUGUGCUCUCGCUCUCCAUCAAUGAAAAGACCUCAAAUUCCAUUGCUCAGUUUGACGAAUCGAGUUAUUUGUUAGACAAUGAUGAAAAAUCCUUAUCGGAAGAAGAUAGCGUUAUUAUUAAUGUCGACGACACAAUCUUCACGGAAGAAAUUGUGAAAAAUCUAAUUGUAAAAACGAAUCCUAAUGUGUUCGUUGCUCACCUAAACGAAUACGGUCCUAACAUUAACUUCACCUGUGCCAAGUAUGCAAAUGCGUUGGACAUAAAAUACAACAACAUCUACUGGCAAGUGGAGGAAACGAGAAAUGCAUCGUAUUACUUGUACGGGGCUUAUCUCGACGAUAGGCCAUUAGCCGAUGGUCCUGUGAUAAGAAUUAUUGGCAUGAUUGAUAAGCUCGAAGCUCCGGACGCCUUUUGCCAAAUCUGGUUUGCAAAUGAGCCGAAGCCAAUAAUUUCAAAAGUCCAUCACGCACUUUACAUGUGGAACAAGCUCUGGUCUUACGACGAGAAACCGUUGCAGCCCUACUUAUGGAGCUGCAAAAUACCUGAGGGGUUUCAGUCCCGGGUGCCGGAAUCGGUUUCACUUGUUGGAUAUCCGUGUCAAAACGCAACCAAUAAUCUCCGUGUGAUUUACAAUCUCCCCGAAUCGGGAGAAAAAGAAAAUUUUGCAGUUUGCGUGAAAGCGUUGAAUUUCAAACACAAAGCUGACAUGGCCGUGCGAUUGGUUGAGUGGAUCGAGCUGCUGAAAAUUCUAGGCGCAGAUAAAAUAACUUUCUAUGAAUUAGCAAUUCAUGCGAAUAUCUCCACGGUUCUGGAUCAUUAUUCAAAUGUGUGGAAUUUAGACGUGGUCAAAACCUCCUUGCCGGGGCACAGUUCAAACAUUCCGGAUUUUAUGGGAACUUUUUUAAAAGAGAGAAUUUCAUUUCAGUCUUUCCAUGAAGUUAUUCAGUAUACCGAUUGUUUUUAUAUGAAUUUCCUUAAAUAUCGGUAUAUUGUACUUCUUGACGUGGAUGAAGUUAUCAUUCCCUUGAAAGUGGAGACAUGGCCUGAGCUGAUUUUCGACAGGACCGUGCCAAAUGCCCGUGCUGCAAAAAACGUGACCUACGCGUCCUUUAUGGCCGGAAACAUUCAUUUCAUGGACGACAAGAAGGAAUACAACGACUGGCACCCGGACAUUCCCCGCUACAUGCACAUGCUGCAGCACGUUCUUCGCAAUUCUGAUUACGUUCGGGCCGGAUAUGGCGUCAAAGCGUUCCAUGACACGGAUUUAAUUUUGGCUCUUCACAACCACUACGCUCGGGCGUGCAUUGGCAAUGACGAGUUUUGGUGCGAAAGCGUCCACUUCGAUACCAUAGAAGCUCAUUUGCAGCACUACUGCAGUGGGCGGAACAAACCAGAGUGCAUGACCAUGAGGGACGGUGCUUUGACUUUGGAUACGUCUAUUUGGAGAUAUAAGGACGAACUGAUUCGCACCGUCCAACAAACUUUGAAGAGAUUGGGAUUUUUAAAAACGAGUAAACGAUCAUCAAAAGUAUUUGUAAACUAAUAAACUUUGCAAAAGUUGUAAACGUCCACCGAAUUUAUUUAUUUUAUUUUUAUUUUAAAUUCAUGCAACAUAAAAAAAGAAGUUAUAAAAUUUUACCACUCAAUUAACUUGGCAUUAUUAUUUUUAUCAUAAAUUUGGUCAUAUAGGAAUUAUUUGUACUCUCACAAAAUAAAUCAUUAUCUUAUAUUUCAAUGA